CUGAUGCGACGUAUAGGUUAUAAACAAAUUUCUACUUACGCGUUAAAAAUAGGGAAUUGCAAUUGAUUAUUGAACAAAUGAAUGCGUAAUAUGUUCGGAGAAAAAGCAUUGGAACUUAUAAAGGAACUCGAACGUUCCGCUGAGGGCAUUCCGCCGUUUAACGAUGACGGUAUCCGGCAGGUUUUAGAAGAAAUGCGAAUACUUUGUCAAGCUAAUUUCGAUGAUAUAACAAAUCCAUCGACGGAUCCACCAAACUAUUCUUCCGUGCGAGUUCGUCACGUGGCAAUAAGCAGGAACAAGAGGUGCAUCUUGGCAUAUCUGCACAAUAGGCUGCAGAAAAUAAGGCAGAUGCGGUGGGAAUUCGGCAGUAUUCUACCACCUGAAAUAAAAUCCCUGCUUUCCGAACCAGAGCUUCAGUGGUUCGCAUCGUACAGCAAAGUUUUAGCCACUUAUAUGAGAUCCAUUGGAGAUAAUUACGGGCUGAAUUUAACCACUGACGUUACACCUCCAAAGUCGCUUUACAUCGAGGUACGAUGCUUAGUCGAUUAUGGAAAAUUGGAACUGGAAGACGGGGAGGUGAUAUUCCUCAAGAAAAAUAGCCAGUACUUAUUGCCACGUGCCGAGUGCGAAGGUCUGGUGAGGCAGGGUGUAUUGCAGCACGUGAUUUCGUGAAUAUUCGAAUUUCCUUAAUCUGCCAGAAACCGAAAUUAUACAAUAAUUCACAAGAGUUUGAUUUCACUUUUUAUAUUGGGUUCAACGCGAAUAAAUCGCUUGGACCUGUAAUUCAUAAAGUUUAAAUAAACGUUCUCUCGUUCCGUA